AUGUCUAUAAUUUUACCUCUCAUAAUAGCCUUCAAGUCGUUGAUGACAUCAGCCUCAUCUGAAUAUGGUGUGCUUGAAUUCAGUAAUUUAGGUUAUGAUGGAACAUAUUAUCAGGUAUCUGAAUUAAAUGAUCCAACAUCUGAUUCAUGUUCUUGUGCUAUUGAUACUGACAAUCCAGUCUCUUUCUCUGGAAGCAAUGCCCCAUUAAAUGAAGAGUUAUCUGUUCAUUUCCGAGGCCCUUUAAUUCUAAAUCAAUUUGCUUACUAUGUUUCUGAAAAUUUUGACUUUUAUUCUUCAUCAUCUUCAUCUAAUAAAAAUUGGUCAAGACAGGCCUACUUUAGUGGUUCUGAUCAAAUAGCCGAAAAUGUAACCUUUUUAACGAACGCCGGUGAAGACUCAACUUGUUUAGGUAAGGCGCUAGCUUAUGCUGAUACCGAUGGUAUUUCCUUAUCCUCAUCUUCAAGAAUAUUGAACAAUAACACUUUAAUUAAUUCAGAUGAAGAAUUUGCCAUUUUCUCAAAUAUCUCAUGCGAGGAUUCUGGCAUCAAUAACGAUUGUGGUGUCUAUAGAGAUAACAUUCCAGCUUUUCAUGGUUAUUAUGGCAAAAUCAAAUUGUUUUUAUUUGAAUUUAAAAUGCCAAAUGAAUCAUCAGUCUCUGAAACCAACGCAUCUAGUUACAAUAUGCCUGCAAUUUGGUUGCUAAAUUCCCGUAUCCCAAGAACUUCUCAAUAUCCAACUAAUUCAUCCUGUUCAUGUUGGAGAAGUGGUUGUGGAGAAUUCGAUAUCUUUGAAAUCUUAAAUACAACUGACGUCGAGGAUUUAUACACCACUAUUCAUAAUUACCAAGGAACUGAUGAUAUUGAGUCAGGUUUACCAAUCUAUGGUUAUAUUAAAAGAGAUACCUCCUCCGUAAUGAAAGGUGGUGUGUUAUUUGAUGCUAAUGGAACUGCAAUCACCUUUUUAAGUGAAAAUGUCAAUUUUUCAUCUUCAAUUGAUGCAACUGACUUAAUAUCCUGGAUCGAAACUGAAAUUGAUUCCGAUGGUCUUAAAACCAGAGAAUUGUCAUCUGUUGAUUCAACUACAGACUCAGAUUCGUCAGAAUCAAGUUCAAAUCAAAUUCAUAUCCAAAAAUCUCUAAUGAUACUUAACUUAUUGUUAUUAUUCUUUCUUAUUUUUAAAUAA